GAGCUCGUCCGCCAUGCGGUCUCCUUCUCAUCCUCCUCCUUCUUCCUCCUCGUCGUCGUCGUCCUCGUCUCGGGUCUCCCCCUCCUCCGUCCUCGCUGCUGCCGCGUGGGAACAGUCGGGUGCAAUGCUGCAGGGCAACACAACCAGACCCAUGAUGCCGGGAGAUCGGUGGGACCGCAAGAAGGGAGCACGCUGCACACGUUGAAAAGGUCUGCGAUGCGAAGAGCAUCGCAAUCUGGUGCGAGAACUACAUCGGUUUGGCUUUAUACAGCGUCGAGAUUCAAAUGUCGCAGAUGGCCUUUGUAACCAGGUGAGAGCUUAACGAGAUCAAAAUCUUUUGAUCAAAGGAGACCCGGGUUUAUGUACACGCACAGCAACACAGCCAAUUCGAAUGGGUAAAGCCAUGCAGAGGACAUCACUUUAAUCAACAAAUAUGAAUACACUUUUGCCGAUGACCAAAUCGGCCAGAUUUUGACCGAUCCCAUCAGAUCUCGGAGGGCUGUAUGUAUGUAUGUUGAACGUCUUUCGCACCGCAUGUAACCAACUGUGCGAAUCAAAGGUGCGGGGGAAUGGACAACAAACUAAACACAAAAAAGUCAAGCUGGUUUGAGUUUGGAUGGGCGGUCCAGGUUGUCUUAGCGGUCGCGGUUGCUAAGUGGGGUGGUCAGCAGAGGGACGGUUUAGGAAACUCCAUUGUUGUUAAGCUCUCACGGUGACGAGAUGUUCGCUACCUUGCCUGGUAUACGGGAGGUCGUGGGUUCGAUCCCGACCCUGACGGCCGUAUAUUCGGAGUUUGCACGCCUCUCUCCCCCUGGUCGCGUGGAUUUUUCUCCGCGUCCUCCGGUUUUCCCCUCCACAUUUAGAAUCGACAUCCGUUUCGAGGAGUAUUUGGCUGCUAUAAAUGUCCACGUGAUCAGCCACUUUGUUGGUCUAUCAUUUGUGGCCAGGUCACUUCUGAAAAAGAGCUACAUAGCUCACUGGGGCCUUGGUAAAAAAUAUAUAUUUAAAAAAUAUAUAUACUACCGCCCGCUAUUUACUCACGCAUAUGCUCCAGGCCUUCACUCACCGACUCUGACCGGCAUGGUGAAGUUUGGGUAAAAUAGACCCCCACAAGCCUCACGGCAUGGGCAAGACCCUUGUACAGCAGUGGAUUGACAAAAGCAGUGUCCCAAGUCAAUUUAAAGAUCACAGUUUGAGACAGUGAGCUUUUAAGCUCUCCAUUUUCUAAAAUGUUGGUGUUCGUAAUAGCAAUAGGAAUGGGAAUGCACAAGCAGGUAUUCGUACACACCACACACACGUACGGUGUGCACAAAACACCGCAAACUUGCAACCCAAAGGAAGCGAAUUGGCCGUCGUGAGGUUUUAUACACUCGUUUUUAAUUCUGUGGAACUCUUCGGCGAACCAAUGUGUAAGCGAGAUUUAGCACCGGACACAAGGAGCUUUGGAAAGAUUUGCCGGAGUGCGCGUGUCACGAUUUCACAAUUGUUUUUUGGAAUAUGCAGAGUGCCAAUUAAACGGAUUUGCUUUGAACAGUGCGGUGCAUGCAAAUUGGCGGCAGAUUUGUAUUCACGGGAGACUGAGAGCGGCUUUCGUUGGAAAUGAUGAAACGGAGAGUAGUGGGAGUGUUUUGUUGUGUGUGUGUGCGCGCGUGUGUAUCAAUGUUUGAUGUACACCACCACCAACCACAUGGCAAAAUUAACCGGGUCUGACGUAUCCGAAUGAUGACCUUCGAGGAGCAAAGAGGCCAGUUUAAUUGGCCACUGAUUAAAAAAAUAUACUGCCUGGUUAUGCUUGCCUUGUGUAAUAUACACUCCAUGUAAUUUCACACACACACGCGAGUAACAAUACACAUAGUCCCCUUUACACAUUCGUACAGCAGUGUGUGUGAGUGUGCUCGUGGUUUUUUGUGCUGUAGUUGAUUAACGUGUUGGGGUGGGGGGGGGCAGUUUCUCAGGGCGGGUCUGACAGAGCCCUCUCUGCAGUGGGGAGGGUGGUCUGCAGACGACCGAGUGCAUCUGAAGCCAGUCCGCGCGAUCGGCUCGUGAUGACAACACACACGCCCGCCCGAGUUGCCCCGUUUUGUGUUCUCCCAAUGGACUCUCCACCAGGGCGGUGAACCUCUGGUGCACCAGCUGAAUCUCUGGUGCACCAGCUGAACCUCCGCCGUCCUGUGAGCUGAUCCAACGCAGCGCGCUCUCAGUCCGAAAUCCCGCACUGCUCCGUUCUAGUGACCCGGUUCGCUCUUGCAAACGAGGCUGUCCCAUCGUCUCUUGAGUGUGGUAUCCGUGUUGAACUUCUUUCGCACCGUACGUAGCCAACCGUACUCAUCGGAGGUGCGGGGGAAGGACAGCAAACUAAAUAGCUUGUGGUGGGAAUGUUGCCUUUAUUUUUCAGCGUGACCACAUCGAAGCCAUUUCCACAUGACAGUUCAUAUGUCAUGGAUUCCUCUACUUAUGAACGAGUUAGGUUCCAGAGGUCUGUUCGUUCGUAAGUCGGUUUGUUCGUAAGUCCAACUUUACUCGUGUCGAUUCCAAACAUGUUGUACGGUGUGUGCACUAAACACGGUGAAUGGCUUUGGUUCUUCACGUGCAGAACUAGAUGCCACCACCGCCAUCUGUUGCGUGGCGGUUGCACUUAUGACUGUCGAUCCGAACAGGCAACUGUACAUACGGACAGGUUUGUUUGUAUCUCUAAAAGUUCGUAAGUCGAAUAGUCGUAAGUCGAUGAAUCCCUGUACUUGUGUAUGCAUGUUGAACUUCUUUGGCCCCGUACGGUGCGAAAGUUGUUCAGCGUGCAUACCUAUGUAAUAUGAACCUUUUUUCAUUGUGUUUUUUUCUUUCCACGCGCGAUCAGUUCAAGUUGUUAAUGUGGAAGUGUUACAAUUUAUGUUUUACGUGCGUUCGGCAAUCAAAGCUGUAUCGGAGGCGGCAGAAGGCAGCAGUCAGUGGCUCUGGAUGAAGAGGAAAGACCCCAGCUGGGCCCCAAAGUGAGAGGGCCAGGAGGUAUGCAGUCAACAAUGCUUGACUCAGGGAGGAGGACGCCCCUGCCAUGCAUAGUCCCAUGGGAUGUUGGCUACCAACAACAAGGCAACUCCUAUGACUAAUUGGGAAUGGGACGCAAGCGUAGGAUUGAUCACCCUGUCGCUGGCCGCCUUUGGGGAGGGUGUAUAGUAUGAAAGGCCGAAACACCCUAGGAACCAAAGGGUCACUACUGACGAUGCGCUCCCCAAAUUUCACCAGGCUCACUGUUCAUGAACUCUUGGAAGUGCUUGCACAAAGGAUAGUAACAUCUCAUCCUGUGUUCUUUGGAAUCCAAAAAAAUUUGAAAGGAAAUUUUAGUAAAUGUUAGACUUUUCACUGAAAGCAAUCUUGAGUGUGUACAUGGGCAUACAAUCAACAUGCCCGUGAGUUGCGUCAUUCACUGAUUGCAAUGCAACAUUAGAGCGCAUGAGAUUAAGUCAUGCCCGGGACCAAAUGUCCUGUGGUUUGUGUUUAGAGAUGUCCACACAGUGUUUUGACAUAUCAAUGAGGCAAAUCCCCCAUAUAGCAUUAACACACUCGGGGCGAGUGCUGUUCACGAGCACGAUGAAGGUCGACACGGCACACGAUGGGGAUGGGUGGCCAGAACCAUGCCCCAGUGGCGAUGUUUACACAUCACACUGGGUACUCAUUUAAGGCUGAAUCGACCUAGGGAAGGCCCAGGACUGGUUCAAAUAUUCGCCACUGUUAUUAGUCGUGAAUGCGGAUCGAACUUGGGCCACUGAGUUUUUAGUGUGCGCUAACCACGACACUGCCACUCCCUAUGCGUAUCAAUUACUAAUAUAAUAGCCCAGAAAUGUGUGUAAUGCGCGUGACGUCACUCCACAUGCCGCAACCCCCCCCCCCCGUCAUUAAUAAUAAAUAUUCAUGAGCGGGUGGAUUUUUACACUCACGCGGAAGGUCGAGUGGAAAGAUAUUUUUUGCAAAGUCGCUUCAAAUAUCACGUUUCUUUACAGAAAGUGACGGUUAAAAUUAAAUAUACGCAGCACAGUGCGACAUCCGUACGUGAUGCCACUGCAAAAGAGCCCCCCCCCCCCCUCAUUAAUAAUCAUGAGCGGGUGGAUUUUUACACUCCCGCAGAUCGAGCGGAAAUAAAAUAAAAUUACGCAAAUUCUCUUUAAAUUUGACGUUUAUUUAUUGAAAGUUAAUCAAAUAAAUAAUUCUAUGCAGCAACAAAGUGGAUUUGGUGUCUUGAUAUAUUUCUUCAGCACUUGAAACAAAAGGUAAGUCAAGUUUUUGCGUCUAAAUUAUGAUAAAAUAUUUACAUUUCUCCGUGAUUUUCCAGGCAUUGUAUCGAAUUCAAAUUGAUUACAACCCCAGCGAGCGAAAUCAGUUGAAAAUAAAGUAUCAGAACAGUGAUUUCGAACUAAUUGAAGAUGCAGGCUACAGACUUGCAAGGACUUCCUUCUUCAUCAUCAUCAACCAUGAUCAAUACCCUGCUGGAUGAAGGGCUUCACAACCCCUCCUCAUGGCUCAGCGGAGUACCAGUCUACCGGUCAAGUUGUCAAGACCGACGUGGGCACGUCACAAGCGCGGCAAUGUUGCAAGAGACGCGCACGGUGUCUCGAUUUCAAAACGAGCUCGCGUCACAUCCGGUCAGACGACAACUAGCCGUGCCAAAGGUCGCCGUUACAAUAUCAGCAAUACAAGCGAUCGCUUGAUAGAAAAAAUGAAUUGCUCGCUCAGGGAUUUGAGCACACGUCGGCUCAUUCAAACCUUGGCCACGUGAACAGACGGCCGUCAGUCUUGAAGAGGGCUUGGUGGUUUUUGCCGGUGGUUAAGAAGGUCAAGGUGCAACACCGCAGGGAUCCACGUCUCGUGGGUGAAUUUGAGCCACUCUUCCACGCUGGUUAGACGUCUUGAAAAGAGGUGGGAGUGCCUACCUUUUACCCCCACCAUACCCAACCUUCUGUUAGACCAGUUAAUUCUACUGAGUGGACAGGCUGGAGGAAUUUAAGAAAUUUGCACCGUUUCAACUGCCACGCUGGGAGUUCCAACCGCCGACCUCUGGGUUGUUAAUCAGCCACUAAGGCCGUCGGCUCGGAAGGAAGGAAGGCGGGUCACGGUGUCUCCACUUCCCGUGGUUUUACUGCUGCGGUGAGGCGACCGACCCUUGGCGGCAGUGGCGCGCCAGGAAGCCAUGGCGGAAUCCGACCUCAAGCUGGAGGCGUCCGACAGCGGCGACGACUGCGUGGAGGUCUUGGACGAGGUGCUAGGGUCCUCCUCGGAGGAAGAGGAAGAGGAGGACGAUGAUGACGUUUCGUUGGUCGUCGUGGAAGCGGCCGACAACGCGACAAGGGGGAAGCCCGCGGCGGAAGAGGGCGGCUCGCAAAUUCGCUGGACGCAGGAGCUCAGCGUGGACGAGGUGAAGGUGGAGGCGUUCACUCGCAGCUCCGGGCCAGUGCACUCGCUCAAGCCCGGCGCGGAGCCCCUGGAGUUCCUGAAGCUCUUUCUGGACGACGCGUUCAUGGAGCGCAUCGCCGCCGAGACGAACCGCUGCGCCGUGCAGAGCCACGCCGUCGGCUGGAAGCCGGCGACCCGCGCCACCGUGUCCACCUUCCUGGGCGUCCUGCUCGUCAUGGGCAUCAACGUCCUGCCCGAGCUCAACCAGUACUGGGCCACCGACGACUGCCUGGGAAACCAGUUCAUACAGCGCGCCAUGUCCCGCAACCGCUUCAAGAACCUCAUGCGGUACCUCCGCCUCACCGACGACGAGAAGAUGCCCAAGAAGGGCGAGGCGGGCUAUGACCCCCUGUACCGCGUGCGGCCCUUGAUCGACCACCUCCUCUCGGCGUUCCACCGGCACUUCGUGCCGUUCCGCGACAUCACCGUGGACGAGGCGACGUGCCGCUUCAAGGGCACCAUGGAGUUCUCGCCGUACGCCGAGGCGAAGCCCACCAAGUACGGCAUCAAGGUGUUCAUGUCGGCCUGCGCCACGUCGGGCUACGUGCACUCCUUCUUCGUGCACACGGGCGCCGACGAGUACAUCAUGCGGCACGGCAUGGGCCACCACACGAUGAUGCAGCUGACGCGCCGCCUGCGCGGCCACCGCCACCACGUCUACUUCGGCAGGUUCUUCACGAGCGCCCGCCUGCUGCGCGACCUGCUCCGCCGGGGGGUGUACGCGUGCGGCGCCGUGCGCGCGUACCACCGCGGCUUCCCGCUGGACCUGCGCGACGCGCGCCUCCGGAGGGGCGACGUGCACUUCCGCCAGAGCGGGCAGCUGGUGGCGUGCGCGUGGGGCGAGAAGAAGCGCAUCACCACGCUCUCCACCAACUGCCGGCCGAUCAUGGAGCCGGCGCAGAAGAGGCCCGGCUUUUGCUCCGACGGCGGGUGUCCCGAGCGGCCGCAGCCCGUCGGCAACUUCAACGCGUCCAAGGAUGGCGCCGACGCCGCCGUGCACCUGCGCACCUGCUACUCGCUGGGCCGCGAGGGCAAGAAGUGGUGGCGCCACCUCGUCUUCGUGCUCGUCAACACGGCCGUGGCGAACGCCUACACCGUACACCGGCUGAGCAACGUGCCGCCCCCAAAGCUGCCCGCGAGCCACCUGCAGUUCCGCUUGCUGCUCGCCAAGCAGCUGGUGGCCGGCUACGCCGAGGGGCGCGCGGCGAAGCGGCCGCGGCGCAAGCGCGACAUCGAGAAGGUGAUCUCGACCGAGCACCUGAGUAGGCACGUGUGCGUCAAGUUCACGGGGCGCAAGCGCGUGUGCGUGCUGUGCAGCCGCCGCGGAUGCCGCACGGCGAAGGGGCGCGGCGUGCAGAGCAGCUACGGCUGCGUCAUCUGCAACGUGCACCUGUGCCGCGUCGGCUGCUUUCUGCAGUACCACGAGAUGGCGCACCUGCCCACCGACUUCGUGGUGGACCCCGCCGUUCAGAUCGUCCACUGCCCCGCGCCGGAGGCGGCGAGGAAGCCGCGGAGAGGCGCCGCCGCCCGGGGCUCGGCCCGUAGCAGGGCCGCCAGGAAGCCGGGCGGGAAGGCCGCUUCCAAAUCCACGCGGGGGCCGGCCCCGCCGCCUCCUCCGCCUCCACCUCGGCGUCGCCCGCCUCCUCGUCGUCGUCCGCGGCGGAGUGGUGCGCGAGCCGUCGCGGUGGAGGAGAGCCCCGGGGACGAGUCGGAUUGCGUCGUGGUGGACGAGUAUUUGCCCAAGCGGGUGAAACUGGAGAGCGAACCGGAGGACGAGUUCGUGGAAGAAGUCGACCAGUGCACGCAGGUGUCCGAGAAGGAGGAUGAGGAGGAGCUCUCGGGAUCCGCUGGCGGAGGCGACGGCGGCGGAGCCUCGGUGGGCGCGGAUCGCGGCUUCCCCGGACGAACGCUCGCUCCCGCAGACGCCGACGACUCGGCCUGCCGCUCCGCGCGCGAGCCGGCGGAUGAGCCCCGUCGCGGCGCACGCGCGGAGCCCGUGAGGGAUUCGCCCGGGGGCGAUGCCGCCAGCGGCGGCCGUGCCGGGCGGCAGCGCCAGGAAGAGGGGGCGGAGGGCGGGCGACGCACGACGCCUGACGACGCUUCCGACUCCCGCAAGCUCCCCGACUUGGGGGCUGGCGCGGAGGGAAGAGGCGCGAGAAGCGAUUGUUGCGCUCCGGAGGGAUUUACCGAAGACCCAGCCCGGAGCGGUCGGGGCGACGCCGAGACACCGGCGGGCGACGCCGAGUUUCGAACGUCUGGCCGCGUUCGCACGACCGGGAGCGAGGCCCCGGCUGUUGACGGCAAGGAGGGAGAUCUGUCGGGGGAGGAAGCGCAGGUGCCGGCGACGACGGAGAGCGGCCAGGGUGACGCCAAGCACCUCGCUCGGGCGCGCGAGGCUGUUCCCGCUCGGGAUCGCAUUCAGGAUUUGAAGCAGGAGCCAGUGCAGGCGUACGCCCGAGAGGCAUCGGCCGGGAACCUUCACGGCGACGCGUGCGCAUCUGACGCGUCGAGUGGCUUACCACGAGGUCCGCCCGUCGACGCGCUGCGAGGAAUGCCGUGCUCCCUGUUCACUCGCGUCCAGGCCGCCCCGCAGGCGGUAGCCGCCGUGCCGGAGUCGGGCCGGGCUGCCGGCGUCGACGCGGACGCUCGCGAAGUCCCGAGCCGGCAGUUCGGUGCGACCACGGAGGAGCCGCGCCCCCCAGCGUCCGCGGCGCUCGCGCAGAGCGCUGGGCGACAGUGCCCGCCGAUCCCGCCGUACGAGUUCCCACCUCGAGCCUCGCCUCUCCGCGCGGGGUGCGACGCUGAGAGAGCGGCGCGCAGGCGCCACGUCGAGCCGCCGCAGGGCCGAGAGCCCCAUCGCGGGUUUCCCCGUCUCUGCCCUCCCUUGCCGCCGCCGCCAGCGCUGCCAAGCCAGCACCCGCACCAACUUCUGGGCCCCAUUGAGAGUCUGGCCGGGCAGCCGGUGGGCUCUGGGCACCUUGCCCGGCACACGGCCAGCCCGCAGCAGCAGCACGGCUACCCGGCGUUGGGGCUGUACCCCUUCCAGGAGCUGUACCGCCCUCACCUCCCGCUGCUGCAUCAGCUGCUGCCACCGCAGCUGCAGCAGAAACAGCAGCAGCAGCGGUGGCACGGAGGCGGCGGCGGUGGCGGCGAGCCGGCCCCGCCGCCGUACGGGCUGCAGGACGGGCCGUACGGACUUCACGAGGGGCCGUACGGGCUGCAGCCCGGGCCGUACGGGGCCCGCGCGCCCACUCAGCACGGCGAGCAGUGACGGGGGGGGGGGGCGCAUUCCCCCGGUGCGCUCUCGCUCGUGGCGUUCCCGUGCCGUCAUCCCGGGAACCUGGGCCCCUCCGACCCGCGGGGCCCCGAUGCGGUCACCGCGCGCGCUCGACAGCCACUCCGGCACAGAUUUUGUCGAUGGCGGAAUUUGCCAGCACCACCGGGGCUAGGAUUUGACGUCGGAGUUUGAAUGGACCGCGGUGAAAGUCGUGCAGCGCUUGUCGUUUGUUGCUGCACAGCCCCUUGGCGCGGUCGCACGCCCUCGUUCGUAUCGGAACCGGAAUAAACAUUCACGCGCCGUCUGUGACGUGAUUGUAGCUCACCAGUCAGAAUCUUUAUACCGGAGGAAUGCCAUGAGCAAUAAGCCUCUUUUUCACAGGUGUCCAGUAGGGGGCGGGUCAGAAAGUUACUACAACAAACACUCCUAAAGUAAGAUAGGAGUUCAAAGAAUAGGAAAGGUAAGCUGAUCACUAAAAAUAUAACUUUUAUUUCAUCGGGUAAAGCCCACUGAGCUAUUAGCUUCUUUUAUAGAAGCGACCUGUCCACGAAGUGGCUUUAUCACGUGGACAUUUAUUGCAGCCAGACGGAGCCGUGACUACGGGUGGCGGUCUCUCAAGCGCCCCCAAGUCACGUGGCACGGAGUGAAGGCAAGGGCACGGCACGUGACGCGGGUUUCUGAUCAGCAAAUGCAGCAGUUACUGCUGCUGCUGCUGAAGACGACGAUUUCAGUGUGUGCAGGGAAUCCAACACAUGUUAACUCCCUCGCCUGGUAUACAGGAGGUCGUAGUUCCGAUCCCGACCCUGACGCCUGCUGUAUCUUUGGAGUUUGCGUGUUUCUCUCCCCGUGGUCGUGUGUAUUUUUCUCCGGGUCCUCCGGUUUUUCCCCUCCACAGUUAGAAACAUGAGUUUAGAGUAUUGGCUGCUGUAAAUGUCCACGCGAUAAACCACUUCGUUGAGCUAUCAUUUGUGAUAGCCAGGUCGCUGCUGAAAAAAAGAGCUGUGUAGCUCAGUGGGGCCUUACCUGCUCAAAUAGAAAAUAGUUUAGUUUCUCGUUUAGCUGGUCGGGCACACAUUAGUGUCGCAAACACUGCAUUGCAGACUGCAGGACUGCACAUUCCUUAUUGCGAAUCUGUGCGGGCACGUGGUCACAGCCGAACAUGCGUGCGUCUACUGGAAAGGGACGUGCGGGCUUGGCGUUCUCUGCUCGAUGCCGCAAGUCGCUCGCAGUCGGCCGCGUCCAAUGGACGCCCUAAUAUGUGCACUUGAAACAUUUGUCUGAUGCAUUGUGCAAAGACACUUGUGUUUGUGGUGGGUUUUUUUGGCGGGGGUCUUCGAGUCCAACUGCCGGUAACGUGUUUACAGUCUGUUGUCAGAUGUCCAGUGUGUGACGUGGUGAGCGGAAAUGUUUACUUCGUAUUUAACCUAUUUAUUGCUUUGUAAGUCUGUGUGUUUGUUCAUGUUGAGGCCAACGUGCACAUAGCCUGGCACAAGCGCUGUCGUGAUGUCACCGCCACUUAAUGGCGGAUGGCGGUUGUUAUUGUUGUUGUGUACAUGUGCAAUGCCUAAACGGUUAACUUCUUGACGUAAAACAUUUCACGACGAUCAAAUUAUUGCUGGCGUUGCACAGGAUCGUCCAUGGGCAGUUUGGCGAUAAUUUUCCACGUCAAGUCCCCUGCGAAUGAUCAACACCGAAAACAUUUGGCCAAACGCCUUCACGGGGAGAUUUAGAAACGCGCCCUUACGUGGAGAUGGGCUUUUAAUUAAGAAAUUGCACUUUAAAGAAAUGUUCACCGCCUGAUGAGAGAAACGGCCUCCUGGCGCACGCACACGGGGUACAAACGUCGAGAUCUUGGGUUCAAAUCCCAGUUGCGAGCCGCUGCGCCAUGUGAUCAAACCGAUGUCUCGAGUGUCGUGAGUUUCGAGGUCGUUGGACCGAUCGACCAAUGACUGCACCCACAAAAAAAAAUCUGAUCGAAUCAAAUUUGUGCACUUAACCUGGCUCAAUUCUAGCAGAGUAAGUAUCUGCUCGACUGCCACUCGACAAACACUGCUCUCAUACGUGUAGCGGGUGUGAAAGUGCUGCCCCCACCUCCCGCCUCCUACUCUGUGGACCAGAGGUGACAAAGGAAUCUCGGAAGUAGCUCUGUGACAUCUACUUCCGUGGGCCGUGGUAUCACGCCUCUGCGAGAGAUACAAACGAAUGCUGUUUUUUUUACAACGCAACAUUUGUUUGCUCUAAACGUGUGUGGAUACCCAGCUGUGCGCAGGGUGCACUCAGUUAUUGAUAUUGAUUUGCGUGUCUAUAGUUAAAGUGACUGUAUUUAAAGUGUUUGAUGGUUGUACAAAGGCAUCUUGCCCGCAAUGUGUAGCGCUGGCUCGAGCCGUCUUCUACUUAUUAUAUUCUCGUACGCGACCGUCGAAUACAUUUAUUUCCGAAAUUUCUUACAGUAUUUUAAUUUCUCAGCAACAACAACAACAAACGUUGGCGCCAGGGGUGGGCCCCUUCGUCGAAACGUUUAAAUUGUCGCCCAAGUUACAAGUGCCUUGCGCUGCAGCGUAUACUGUUAGGUGCGUAGCCAAUGCAGUGGCUGAGUGAAGUAGAACAAAAAAAUGUAGGAUUUUUUUCCGCGUGAAAUUCUUUGCGGCUCGUGCGGUAGGAUCCUCGCGCGGAAGUGACUUGAAAAGCGCGGCCGCUGGAAGAGCCCCCACCUGCCUGCGUCAUUGCAUCACAGAAGAACGCCGGUGGUGUCCGUAUUUGUGAAUCGCCGCUGCGCUGUGCGGUUUAUACGAACGGUUGUGCAUCUACACAUUUGUGCGUUUAAACUGUGGCGGCAACGACAGGAAGCGGUGCCGGACCACUGCAAUCGUCCUCGUCGUCGCCCCCCAACUGGCACACGGAUGCUCAUCUGCAGGCUGCUGCUGUGUACUCCUUGUGCCGCACAGGGACAGCCGCCAUUGCGCGGUGGAAGGUGGGGGGGGAACGGCUGAGCUGCAAGGGACAUUGAAGUUGCCGUGGCGUGCGAGCGACUUUUUAAGUGCUAAUUCUUAUCGUCGGCCAUGCUCAAGCCACUUGUGGGUGGAGGCCUGCCCAGGCCGUCGCCCUCCCUUCGAUCUUCCACGAUGUAACGAUCCACCCGGCCGUUUUCACCGCUCCAUCUCCGUGACAGACGGUCCCUCUUCGGCUGCCGCUCCGCGGUUCGUUGUCGACCGCCGGCCACCACCGUCCCCAUCUCGCGACGACGACGAGGACGUCGUCCUGCCCGGGCCGGCUCGCUUUUCUAAACUCGUCGAAAUGGUGUCGUCCCGUAGCUCCGCUGUACGACGUCGCAGCGGAGUUCCAGUGCUGUGUUUUGGCAGGAAAUCUGCAAGUGGUGUUGAGGAUGAUUGUUUUUUUUGGAAGGGGGCCUCGUGUGUGUGUGUCCUCCCCCCUCCCCGUAUUUUGUGCCGUGCAACCUUCGAUUUACGGCGACGUACACGGGCAGCGGCCGUGUUCGUCGUGUGCUGAAGUGUGCCGCGUUUUGUUGUUUUCAAUAAAGGUGCACUUGAGGUUUA